CCUGGCGCCGGCGGCGGCGGAGGGGGCGCCGCGGGCGGGCGAUGUGAGCGCGGCGCUCUCGGCAGAUUACGCUUCAUGUCAGUAGAAAUGGACAGCAGCAGUUUUAUUCAGUUUGAUGUGCCCGAGUACAGCAGCACCGUCCUGAGCCAGCUAAACGAACUCCGCCUGCAAGGAAAACUAUGUGACAUCAUUGUCCACAUUCAGGGUCAGCCAUUCCGAGCCCACAAAGCCGUCCUUGCGGCCAGCUCCCCCUACUUCCGGGACCAUUCAGCACUAAGUACCAUGAGUGGCUUGUCAAUAUCAGUGAUUAAAAACCCCAAUGUGUUUGAACAGUUGCUUUCAUUUUGUUACACUGGAAGAAUGUCCUUGCAACUGAAGGAUGUUGUCAGUUUUCUGACAGCAGCUAGCUUUCUUCAGAUGCAGUGUGUGAUUGACAAGUGCACGCAGAUCCUAGAGAGCAUCCAUUCAAAAAUCAGUGUGGGAGAUGUGGACUCUGUGACCGUCGGUGCGGAAGAGACCUCGGAGAGCCGCAAUGGAGUGAAAGACAGCAGCUUCUUUGCCAACCCGGUGGAGAUCUCCCCGCCAUACUGCUCUCAGGUACGGCAGCCCACCACAAGCAGCGAUCUUCGGAUGGAGACCACACCCAGCAAAGCUCUGCGCAGCAGCCGUUUACAGGAGGAAGGGCACUCGGACCGAGGGAGCAGUGGGAGCGUCUCCGAGUAUGAGAUCCAAAUCGAGGGGGACCAUGAGCAAGGGGACCUGCUGGGGAGGGAGAGCCAGAUCACCGAGGUGAAAGUGAAGAUGGAGAAGUCCGACCGGCCCAGCUGUUCCGACAGCUCAUCCUUGGGAGACGACGGGUACCACACUGAGAUGGUUGAUGGGGAACAAGUCGUGGCCGUGAACGUGGGUUCCUAUGGUUCUGUGCUCCAGCACGCCUAUUCCUACUGCCAGGCAGCCUCACAGCCGGCCGGUGGUGUAUCUGAGGCGUUUGGAAGUUUGAGUAACUCCAGCCCCUCCAGAUCCAUGCUGAGCUGUUUCCGAGGAGGACGGGCCCGCCAGAAGCGGGCCCUGUCCGUCCACCUGCACAGUGAUCUGCAGGGCCUGGUGCAGGGUUCCGACAGCGAGGUCAUGGUGAAUAACCCAGGCUUCGAGAGCAGCCCCAGGGAGAGGAGCGUGCGAGGUCACUGGUACCCGUACAACGAGAGGUUGAUCUGCAUCUACUGCGGCAAGUCCUUCAACCAGAAGGGAAGCCUUGACAGGCAUAUGCGACUCCACAUGGGAAUCACGCCCUUUGUAUGCAAGUUCUGUGGGAAGAAGUACACGCGGAAGGACCAGUUGGAGUACCACAUCCGGGGCCAUACCGACGACAAGCCGUUCCGCUGUGAGAUCUGUGGGAAGUGCUUCCCUUUCCAAGGUACCCUCAACCAGCACCUGCGGAAAAACCACCCCGGCGUGGCAGAAGUACGCAGUCGCAUGGAGUCCCCCGAGAGAACGGACGUGUAUGCGGAACAGAAACUAGAAAACGAUGCCUCGGCCUCAGAGAUGGCCCUGGAUUCCCGGAUGGAAAUUCACACGGUGUCCGAUGCUCCUGAUUAAGAUGGUAAAAAAAAAAAAGUGCACCCACGCAAAGCACAUUAAUCAAUGCCUAUUUGUGAUUUGCUUUGUUGUCAUCUUUGGUUUUCCCAACCAUCUGGAAAUCUCUUGGUCUCUUGGCAGUUUUUCUAAGGUUUCUGGAAGGAACACUUCAUGGUGUUUAUCCUUUCCCACCCCUCGCCCUCCCUCCCCCAAGGAGCUCAAAGCAUGAAGGGCAAUGUAUCCAGGGAAAACAGGCUGACAGUAUUCCUCUUUGGCCGAACUCUUCAUCCAAAAUCUGCCAGUGAUUUAGCUAUGCCAACUGGUUGACCCUCCGUUUCUGCCAAGAGGCAUACUCUCUGAUUGUGUGCACUGGCGCCAGUGCAUUUCCAUGGAGAGAGACUGGGAUGCCGUCAGCUGAUACAAAUGGGUAACCUUUUCUAAUUUAAAAUUACUUUUAGGGGGUAGUUAGACAAUUUAUAUAUAUAUAUAAUAAAGUGAUUAUUAUAUAUAUAGUAUAUAUACAUUCUCAAAUUUGAUUUUAUUCUGGUUGAGGUGAAUGUAAGAGGAAUAUAUAAUUUAAUACAAUGUGAACAGGGCUUUGGACUCUGUCUCGUCCCUACCUAAUAUGUUAGGGUUUUGCCCCUUUAUUUCCCUUAUUAAAGAAUGUUAAUAGGUUUUCAUAUAUAUAUAUUAAUCAUUGUGUCCAAAAGCAAGCAAAGCAAAUCACAGUGUUCAUAGCUCUGCUUCAUAACAAACACAUAAACCAAAUGCCAUAAAACGUAUUCAACUCUCGUUGGAAACCAUUUGGAAUUUUUGUUAGUUGUCCAGUUAGGUAAGCUGGAUGACCCGUGGUGCUGACCUUUUUACAUAUUGUAGUGUUAUAUUAGCCAACCCCAAAGGAGCAGUGGUUUUCAAUGUUUUUACUGGCCUCCGAAUCUACCUUCAUUCCGUACUGUAGAAACACACAUACCAGGUAACUAAAUCGAAUCACUCUCUACCGUGAGUUAGUACUCGCAGUAAAGGAAAGGAAUUUGUAGUUCCGUCUACAAAAUUCUCCAAGCAGUGUUGUGGUUUUUUUUUCGUUUUUUUGUGUUUUUUUUUAACCUUUCUCUUUUCAAACAGCCAGUUCAGGUGCACAGCAACUUUUUCUACGUGCAGUUCCCAGGGAAACUGCAGAACUUGGAAUUUGUACUUUUUGUAAAGAUAUACUCUAUGGGAAUUGCAAGCAAUAUAUCUAUCUUAGUAUUGUGUGUGCUGACGAGGGCCUCACCGGCUCCCCCACUCUCAGUGUUUCCUGCUUAAAGAAACCAACAGUUAAAAAGCCCUCUGAGAUACUGUGUGUGUCACCAAAUCUCUGUGUGUCUCCAUUUUUUUGGUCACGUGGUGCUAUUUUUUAUGUUAUGUAUCUUUUAGGUCAGUAUAGUUGUAGCAAAUGUGAAAUGUAAUGGUAAAAGUGAAUUACAAUUUUUUUUUUCCUCUCCUGAGUUUAUAGCUUGAAAAAAAGACCUCAAAAGCAUGUGCUGGCAAACACAUUACUGUAUUUAAAAAACAAAAAAAACCCGAGUCCUAUUUGGAUAAUGUUUUAUUAGGCUUGAGGAAAUGUCUUGAGUUUUAUAUUUUGUUCACCCACGUGCUUCUGGUAUACAAAACAGGCUCCAUAAGAUUGCUCUGGUACUGUAUACUCCAGCAGAGAGUGAUGUGAGCAGUUUAGUGUUGAGUUUGUGCCAUGGGCCGCUGGUAAGUAUCAGCACUCCAGACUCUUCUGCUUUGAGAACCUUGGCCAUGAAACUCACAACCAGUGAGUCUCCCCAGGAGAAUAGCACAAACCCCGUGAGAGGAAAAAAAAAAAGUGAAACCUCAGAAGCAAGGAGUUAAAAGGAAUACAAAAAUAGAUGUUUGCCGGUUUUCCAUGCUUUUUUGGCUCUUAAAAUACCAAGAAUGGAGUUGGGGUGGGGGAGUGUUUGGGGAUUUUUGUUUUGUUUUGUUUUUUGGUUCUGGGGGAGGGGGGGAAAUCAUUCAGGCCCUUGUGUGUGACCGCCCCCCAGGGUGGUAGCUGUGUAGUAGCAUCUCUUCAGCACAGGGGGUCUGUCCACACGGCGUGACCACCACGCUCCACAUCAGUGUUACUGCGUCCAGACACACGCGAGUCCUGCUGCUCAAGGAGCAGCUUCUGCUAACCGGGUAUAUAGUAUGCCUUUUCCUGUCAGACUGCCUAAGUCCGGGGCCUGUUCUCUCCCUGAAGCACUUGUUCAACUCCUAUCAAAGCCCUGUGCCUCAAGGGGAGGCUGGACCCCCAGUGUUUACCCACUUAAAUAUGUUCUGGGGUUUCAGGUAAAUGUUUGUAAUUUUUUUUUUCCUUACAUGAGUAAGUUCGGUUUUGAUUUUUUUUUUUUCCUUCAAAGAAUUAAAUGCAAAAAAUUUGUGUUGUGGUACAAAUUAAAGUUUGUGACAAGAAACACCCAAAUCGAGGACACGAGAGGUCAGGCUCAGGGAAGGAACCUCCUUUUCACUCAGGCUUGGGGCCUUCCUCCUGAGAGGUCUCCAGAGCAUUCUGUGAUACACGAGACAAGUGAGGAGGGAAGGCACUUGGGGCAAGCGCCUCCAAUGUCCUGGUUCUUGUCACCGUGUCCGUCUUAACCUUAUGUACAUGGAGUUCUUCGUGUGUGUAAAUUUGUUUAACUGGUUUGAGUUUACCAAAGAGUGACUUAUCCAAAAUUGUCUUUGACAAAAAAAAAAAAAAAAAAAAUCUACAUUGCUUUGAUUGUACAGUUCAGGUUCAGACAUUGUAAUGGGACUGUUAAGGGGCAGAAAAAUUGAUUGCGUUUCUCUCGAGUAAUGAUUCCACAUUUUGCAAGUUCCGCUUGCUCCCAUUCGUGUUGCUCACACUUGACCUUCUCCACUGCUAGCAGUGCUCAGAGUGAAUUCUCAAGCCAUAACCCAGUACUGUAAGGCUCCACAGGGCUUCGCGGGAGGCCGCGCCAGGCCGGCGCGGGGCUGGGCGCCGUGCUCCUCGUGUGCGCGGCCAGUGAAGGCUGAACUCCCUUCAGAUCGGGCAGCACCAAUUAAUUGUGCCUUGUCACAUGAGGAUGUGCCAGGAGGAUUAACGUGACCACACAGCAGAAACAUUCUCUCCCCGAAGUUCACUUCACGUCUCCACAGACGAAGUCCGCUGUGUAACUCUUUAGAGCGACUCUUUUUUUUUUUUGGAAAGCGAAGUCCCUAUUUCUGUACAGUUUUAGGUUAGCUGUUUCACUUAUAACAAAUGCAAAAACAAUUAAGACACAAGUGAUAUGUGAAGAAGUCUUUUACAGUAAAAUAUAUCCUGAAUCCAUAUCGGUUCGUUCAUAAUUGAGUCUCUUCUUGAGCUACCUUUUCAAACACGUAGGCAAUGUGAAGACAGUGACAGCGUCCUUUUCUAGAGGUGUUUAACCUGUUCUUACAAACUGUGAAAACAAAGAAUUUUCUACUUUUACUAAUGUUUGUGGUUUUAAGCAGUUAUUUUCAUUCUAAUCAGUUCUCUACCCUCUAAUUUCUACUAAAGCUGUAAAUACAUUUAGAAAUGAUAUUUGUAAAUACAGUAUAUGAAGUCAAGUUAAUUUUGGGGUCAGUGGAGAACCUCCCAAUUGGCUCUGCCUUGGCAGUUUUGUUUUUUGUUGUCGCUGUGUUUUUUUUAACAGCAGAAAGGAUACUGUCGGUUCACUGUUAAGCAGAAUAUACUGUAGAGCUAAAUUGAUAACUUCUAAAUCUUCCAGAGCAUGACUAGCUGUCUUUUCUAAUGAUAGCAGUUAUAUAACCAAGUCUUUAUUUGUCCCUUAGCCCAGACCAUAGGCCUGCAUAUUUUUGUGUGUGGUUUUGUUUUUACUUUAGUUUUUAUAGCCUCUAGGAAGAGUUUGCAGGAACACAAAACAAGGACUGGGACAGGGGGGAAAUCAUCUAUGUGAACGAGCUUUACUUUAAAGAAAUCAAUGUACUUUAUUUUAACAAUGUUUUCCAUUAGUUACUGUGAUUUUCUGUUUUGUUCUUUUGUUGUUGUUGUUACUGUUGUCGUCGUCAUUAUUGUUAAAAUUCUGUAAUGGUUUCCUGUGAAGCCUCCACUGAAAGGGACUCAAAUAUGCAACACCUAAACUAUUUUCCAAGGGCACAUGCCCCUUGAAUGGUGCUUCUAGACUGGUCAGGGUUAUUUAUUAAAUUUUAUAUAUGAAAGUAUUGGGGAAUUAUGUAAAUUCUUUAUAUGAAACUAUCUAGUUCAUAAAUCAUAGAUUUCAUAUUACUCAGUGCAACUGAACUGAAAGUUCAGAAGAGUCAUUCACAUUGUUCGAAAUUUGUAAUGGUUGUCACACGUCACAUACGUCUUUUCAGUAAGUGCCAGAGUCUUUGCACUGUUUCUGCCCAGUGCUUGACUCCUUGGCCCACAAGAGACCCUUUUCUCUCUGGUUCCCUUGGGUCUGGCACAGACAGGGCUGGUGUAGUUCUCGAUCAAGUCCUGGAGUAAGCCUUGCAGCAGAUUCAGUAAACAGACCUCUUGCUGCCCCCUCAGUGACAAGUAUGCUGUGAAUUCAACCUUUGGACUUGCUGCCCAAGCCUUUGGUUGCUGCCCUGACUCUAGUAAGAGGUAAAGGUAUGGUUUGUUCGAGAAUGACCAUUUUCCUAAUGUGAAAACCAUCUCUCUCACCACUUUGAUUAGUAGGGCUAACAAUUUUUUUCCGUUAUAAAUGGUUGAGCAAUUUGAAUGACUUAACACAGUGUCAUUAUCUUGCAAUAUAAACUGGUAACCUCACAACUCCACACUUCAUCGCCAUAUGAAGUAAAUGAAGCUAGCUAAGCGGAUGCUGUAUCAACUCGUAACUUGCCAUUAAGGAUUAUUUUAUAGCAUGAAUUUAAGACUAUUUAUUCAAAUGAUAUUUUACUCUUGUAUUCAUUUUGUUUUAGAUUUGUGACAUUGAAUAUUUCAGUGCUGCUUAAUUUUGUUCUGAACUCUUGUUUCUUGCUUGUAAAUGGCUUUUUUAUGGUAUAAAGUCAAUGGAAAUUGCUGUUUGUAAAUAAAAAUGC